UCAGACCAGGAAGACUCUCAUUGAGGGCAAGAUGACCCAUCCUCGAGCUAUUGUGGUGGACCCUCGGCACGGCUGGAUGUACUGGACUGACUGGGAGGAGGACCCAAAAGAGAGCAAGCGAGGGAAGAUUGAGAAGGCCUGGAUGGAUGGAACCAACCGGAACGUUCUGUUGACGUCUAAGACGGUUCUGUGGCCCAACGGCCUGAGUCUGGACAUCCCUCAGGGCAUCCUGUACUGGGUGGAUGCUUAUUACGACCGAAUAGAGAUGGUCUAUCUCAACACCACUGCACGCAAG